CCAUGCACCGCCACCAGCCGCCGCGUCGUCCUACUGUAGACAGUAGUCGUCAACCUGAGACACUGACGAACACGACCUUGGCUAUUUCUGAUCUUCAUCGUUCGUCGAAGAUUCUAUCACUUCGAGCGUUCGGUCCUUCCCUGCGCAUCGCGAAAUGCAUAACCUCGGUCGAAUUACCACCGAUGAAGCCAUUAGUUAAAGACUCGCCUCCUGGCCCCACGAUUUCUCGAUACCGCUGCCAUGGCUAUGGACCUGUCGGACAAUGCUGGAGGGGUGAAUAGCGACAAAGAUAGGCCGGGCUCAUCAGAUGCGCGACAACAUGGCCCGGCCGGUCGACGUCCUGAGCAAGACCGGGAGCAGGUAACGCCCGCAAACACGCCCAAUGAUACUUCCAGAGUUCGCUUCUCAGUCGAGGUACCUAGGGCCAUACAUGACGAACCAGUUUCAAAAGAUACCUUGCCCUCAGCACAGAAGCCCGCAGGAAUUCUAAAGUCACCAUCGGAUGGUCGAAAUCGAGGAUACUCCCUUAGACGCUCGCUAUUCGCACAAAACAUCCAACGACAACAUUCAGACGAUGGAGGCGCUUUUGAAAUGGGCUCCCCCGAUUCUGCUCCCCGUGCCUUCAAGCCCAAAGAACCUGCAGUCUUACCAUCAACUUCUGUGACUAUCCAAGAGACGGACGAAGAGACAAAGUUCCCGGCCGCAAAUACACUCCGCUUAUCAGACCCUGACCUCGAGCUGCCACUAUACCGGCGAUGGAUGUCGAAGCAAAGUUCGCGCGCGACCUUUCUGCGACGCAUUCAGAAGAGCUAUAAGGAAUUAAGAGCCAGGAUUGCUGCAGCGAACACGAUACCACCGACUCUGGAUGGUCGACACGUGCGCGUCAAUGUUCUCCAGCCCGAGGAAGCACUUGACGAGCGAACAGGCAAACCCUAUGCUAGCAACCUCAUUUGUUCUUGUCGAUAUACGCCCUUGAACUUCGUUCCGCGCCAAUUGAUGGCUCAGUUUGGAAAGUUGGCCAACUUCUACUUCCUCUGCGUUUCCAUUCUCCAGAUGAUACCGGGACUGAGCACAACUGGUACAUACACCACCAUCAUUCCUUUAUUGGUUUUUGUAGCAAUCUCAAUGGCCAAGGAGGGUUACGAUGAUAUUAGACGACAUCGCCUGGACAAAGAGGAGAACGAACGGACAACCAAAGUUCUUAGCCUCAACAGGCUGUCUCAAGACGAUGGCUUUCAGUCAGGGAGUGUAGGCUGGCAAGAGAAGAAAUGGCGGCAGGUUCGGGUCGGUGACGUUGUGCUUCUGGAGAGGAACAGUGCUGUACCUGCGGAUAUGGUGCUUCUUCAUGCCGAUGAACCCACAGGUACGGCCUAUGUCGAAACCAAGAGCCUGGAUGGAGAAACAAACCUGAAAGCCAAGACACCAGCCGCCGACGUGAGUGCAGCCUGUCAAGAUUCAGACGCUGUGGCAAAGUUGGAUGCGGAAUUCGUUGUGGAAGAUCCCAAUCUUGAUCUCUACAAGUUUGACGGCAGAGUAUCCUUCAAUGGGCACACAUUGCCGCUCACAAACUCCGAAAUCCUUUACCGCGGAAGUAUUCUGCGCAAUACCCCCUCUGCUACAGGGCUUGUCAUUUACUCUGGAGAGGAGUGCAAGAUCCGAAUGAACGCAAACAAGAAUCCUAGAGUCAAGGCACCUGCUCUACAGGCCAAGGUCAACAAAGUCGUCGUUGUGGUUGCGUCGCUCGUCGUUUUCAUGGCCAUCAUAUUGUCGGUGGCAUAUGAGAUCUGGCGGCGGACAACCGAAGACAAAGCCUGGUAUCUUCAAUAUGCCAGAGUUCCCUUCGGCCAGAUCCUGACCUCGUUCAUCAUCAUGAUGAAUACAAUGCUGCCCCUAAGCUUGUACGUUUCUCUCGAAAUCGUAAAGGUGGCUCAAAUGUUCUUGAUGAAUGAUGUGGACAUGUACGACCCUGAGACUGACAUCCCGAUGGAACCUCACACCUCGACCAUCAAUGAAGAGCUAGGUCAAGUCAGCUACAUCUUUUCUGACAAAACCGGGACUUUGACCAACAAUUCGAUGAAAUUCCGCAAAAUGAGCAUUGCUGGUACUGCUUGGCUUCACGACAUCGACCUGCAGGAGGAAGCGGCGGACGAAGCGGGCCGGGAGAAAUUGAGGCAUAAAAAGCGUGGCGGUAAAGGAAAAGAAUCUUUGGCACGAAAGAGCAAGCUAUCGCAUGGAAAGCUUUCUCGGAAAUCUGCUGCAUCGACUGCUAUCGGUGCCGAACACCCUGCGUUGUCGUCCAGUGAACAAGACGGAGAAGCGCAGUGGAAGGCUUCAAGUGGCGUUGACAUGACUUUGGAAACCGGUAAGACACAAGAACUAGUCGAGUACAUCCAACGACGGCCUCAUACUGUCUUUGCCCGGAAGGCAAGAUUUUUCCUGCUGUCGUUAGCCCUCUGCCAUACUUGUAUUCCGGAAAAGAACGACGACGGCGACAUCACAUAUCAAGCUGCAUCUCCUGAUGAGUUGGCACUAGUGACUGCGGCACAAGACAUGGGCUAUAUUGUUACCGACCGCCGUUCCAGCACCGUAACGGUAAAGACAUACCCUUCAGAUGACGAAGAGAACCCGGUCUACGAGGCUUAUGAGGUCUUGGAUGUCGUUGAGUUCUCCAGUGCCAGGAAACGCAUGUCCAUCAUCGUGCGAUUUCCCGACCACCGGAUAUGUCUUUUCAGCAAGGGUGCAGACAGUACCCUCCGAAACCUGCUUCGUUUGGCAGAUCUGGCAAGUUCAAGUGUGCAGGCUGUUGAGAAGCGAGCAACGCACAGAAAGAGCGUUGAGGCGCAAGAAGCACUUCGGCGCAAAAGUUUUGCGUUGAGCCACAGAUCGGACUCUGUCCAUGCUAUGGACGUAUCGCCGCGGCCUAGUAAUCUGACAGUUGACAAGUCCUGUACCGCUAGGGCGAGCAUUGAUCAGUGGCUGAGAGACCGAGAGACUGACCCUGGCAUGUCACGACCUCGCCAAAGCUCCCAUUUUUAUUCGCCUCGACCCUCGGCCCAGUAUGGCUCUCGAGUUUCCGAGUCUUUGGGCGGAAGAGCGCAACUCUCGCGACAAACGAGUCCUGGCCCGUCAACGCAAGUUGACAGUGUCGAGGAGCUCGUGGAGGAAAGCCUUGUCAUCAACGACAAGGCUGUAUUUGAACGAUGCUUCCAACAUAUUGAUGACUUUGCAACAGAAGGUCUGCGAACUCUGCUCUAUGGCUUCCGAUUUUUAACCGAGGAUGAGUACAAGGCUUGGAAGGAGAUCUACAUGUCUGCUACUACCAGCAUAGUAGAUCGACAAGACAAGAUUGAACGGGCAGCAGAGUUGGUGGAGACGAAGUUGGAACUUCUUGGGGCAACUGCUAUCGAGGACAAACUCCAGAAAGGUGUGCCAGAUGCCAUUGACCGGUUGCGACGUGCUGGCAUCAAGUUGUGGAUGCUGACCGGCGACAAACGGGAAACGGCCAUUAACAUUGGACAUUCAUGCCGACUGAUCAAGGACUAUUCGACUCUGAUUGUGCUUGAUCAUGAGCUUGGAGAGUUAUAUAGACGCAUGGCCAACGGAUUUGCCGAAAUCGACAGUGACAAAACGGCGCACUCUGUUUUGGUUGUUGAUGGCCAGACGCUCACCAUCAUCGAAGCCGAUCGAGCCUCGAAGGCACUGUUCACCGACGUGGCGAUCCGAGCCGAUUCGGUCAUCUGUUGUCGAGCGUCUCCGAGUCAGAAGGCGUCGCUAGUCAAGACUAUCAGGACCAAGGUAAAGGGUUCUGUCACUUUGGCUAUCGGAGACGGAGCCAACGAUAUCGCCAUGAUUCAAGAAGCACACCUUGGGAUCGGCAUUGCCGGCAAGGAGGGUCUACAGGCCGCGAGAACGUCUGACUAUUCCAUCGCGCAAUUCCGCUUCUUACUGAAAUUGAUACUGGUCCACGGAAGAUGGAACUAUAUACGCAUCUGCAAGUAUAUAUUGGGCACCUUCUGGAAGGAAAUGAUCUUCUACCUCGUUCAGGCGAUCUAUCAGCGAUGGACCGGAUACACUGGAACGAGCUUGUACGAGCCUUGGAGUUUAUCCAUGUUCAAUACGCUGUUUACCAGUUUGCCCGUGAUAUUCAUGGGUGUGUUCGAAAAGGAUCUCGCUGCUUCCACGUUGCUGGCGGUUCCCGAACUCUACAACAUUGGUCAACAAGAUCGAGGAUUCAAUCUCAAGCUAUACUUCUGGUGGGCAGGCGUGGCCUCCUGCGAAGCCGUCAUUGUCUACUUCAUCAUGUAUAGCAUUUAUGGCAUGGCGCUGUUCACACGGGACCAAGGAUUGUACGCUCUGGGGUCUGUGGCGUUCACCGCAUGCAUCGUCAUCAUCUCACUCAAGUUGCAAUGUAUUGAGCUGCACAACAAGUCCAUGGCCGCUGCUAUUGCCAUCUUUCUGUCGGUCGGUGGCUGGUGGUUAUGGAACCUGAUAUUGGGGCUUAUCUACCAGCAGAAUGUUAUUUACAAUGUCAAGGACGGGCUCCUGGAUCGGUUCGGACGCAAUCUCCUAUGGUGGCUGACGUUACUUCUCAUCAUCCUUGCGGUAUGUCUCUUCGAGGUGACUAUCAAGGCGACAAAAGCGGCAAUCUGGCCUACGGAUGUGGAUAUCUUCCAAGGAUUUGAGCAAGAUAUAGAGGUACGCAAGCGCUUCGAAGAAGCGGCCGCGGACCUGCUCCAGCAAGGUUGGGAUCGAGGCACCAAAAAAUCAAGCCUGGAGUUAGCUAGGGAAGAGGCAAUACAGGCCGAGCGGGAAGCGCAAGUCCAAGCAUUGUUGGAUCGACCACGUGACAUGAAUAAGAGGAAACCCUUUGCACGGGAGAACUCUGCACUGGAUGUUAAGCACGUCCACGUACAGGAGAGGGAGGAGCCUCAAGAAAUGGAAGAAGUGCCGCGCAAAUCGCUUGACGUUGGAGAACUUUUCAGCAAAGGGUUUGGCGCUGUACGUAGAGGAACGAUGCAAGAAUUACGAUGAGCAUGAUGACAAGGACGGAAUACCCCCAGUUAGAAACGACGUGGCAUGGCAUUAUUUUUUUUGGACAAGGAACGAAAUGAAGAAUUUGUUGUUUACUCCUCCGGGAUGCAUAAGUUUGGAACAUGCAUCGUUAGCUACUGCUGCGAUAAACAGGG